UUUUUCCCUCAUUCAUGCUACAUCGCUAUCUUUGGUAUUGCGUUAAGUUAUGGUUGAGUUGCGUGUCUGACUUGUCUAAACGCACCGCUGGUAUCGAACUUCUCUUUGAAGAAGAAGAAGACAGAUUCAGUUUAUGCAGCUGGCUAAAGCUAGCAGGCUAUAGCUACAGUGUUUACUUGCAGUCAGGGACAGACGAGCUUUUACUGCCUUUGACAUUUCUUUUUUAUAUUUAUCCGCUCGGUGUGAUUCCCUCUAGUGAAAAGUGGAGGCACUUUAACUGAAAUAUGGCCAGUUUAAUCUCGACACAAUGCGCCGUUUCUCUGAGAAAAUCUGGGAGUCGAUUUCGUGUUACUACUUCCGCCCUGAGUCUUUCUUCACGGUCCUACAGCAGCAAAACGGACUGUUCAGCGGAGUAUCUGCAUAAAAGCGUGGUGCCAUCGAUGCAUUAUCAAAAGAGUUUACCCAGACUUCCCAUUCCGAAACUUGAGGACACCAUCAGGAGGUAUUUAGCUGCCCAGAAACCUCUACUGAACGAUGACCAGUACAGAACAACGGAGAAAAUUGCUCAAGAUUUUCAAAAGGGAGUGGGAAUGCAGCUGCAUGAGGAACUGGUGGCUCAAGACAAAAACAAUAAGCACACAAGCUACAUCUCCGGUCCAUGGUUCGAUAUGUAUCUGUCCGCACGUGACUCUGUGGUAUUAAACUUCAACCCUUUCAUGUCCUUCAAUCCUGACCCCAAGAAGGAUUACAACGACCAGCUGGUGCGAUCGACCAACAUGGCGUGUUCGGCGGUGCGCUUCAUGAAAACGCUGCGAGCAGGCUUACUGGCACCAGAAGUUUUCCAUUUGAAUCCAGAAAAGAGCGACACGGACCAAUUCAAAAACUUCAUCCGCUGGGUGCCGUCUUCCCUGUCGUGGUAUGGAGCCUACAUGGUCAAUGCAUACCCUCUGGACAUGUCUCAGUACUUCCGCCUCUUUAACUCAACUCGCAUCCCCAAACGAGGACGAGACGAGCUCGUCACUGAUGAGAGUGGCCGACAUCUGUUGAUCAUGAGAAAAGGCAACAUGUAUGUGUUUGACAUCAUAGACACAGAUGGGAAUUUGGUGAAGCCUGCGGAGGUCCAGUCCCACCUGAAGCACAUCUUGUUAGAUCCAACACCAGCCCCCACCUUCCCUCUGGGCCUGCUGACCAGUGAGAACAGGGACACGUGGGCCGGACUCCGGGACAAGCUGAUAUCUGCUGGAAAUGCAGAGAAUCUGCGGCUAGUCGACAGCGCACUCUUCUGUCUCUGCCUGGAUGACGAAAGCAUGCGCGACCACAUCCACGUCUCCCACAACAUGCUGCACGGUGAUGGCUGCAACCGCUGGUACGACAAGUCAUUCAGCAUCAUUGUGACCAAAGACGGGGAAGCAGCGAUUAAUUUUGAGCACUCUUGGGGCGAUGGCGUUGCUGUGCUUCGCUUUCAGAAUGAGAUCUUUAAAGACACAACAGAAAAGCCGCUAGUUCACCCAGGAUCAGCGCCAGCAUCGGUGGACUCGGCCUCUGCUGUGCGCAGGCUGGACUUUAACCUGGACAGCGAGCUAGAGCACGGCAUCAAAAAAGCCAAAGAGAACUUUGAUUCUGCAGUGUCAAAACUCACCAUUGAUGCCGUGGAGUUCAAGAAAGGCGGGAAAGAGCAGUUAAAGAAAAGUAAAUUAAGUCCAGACGCUAUAGCUCAGCUGUCUUUUCAGAUGGGCUUCCUGAGGCAGUACGGCCAGACGGUGGCCACAUACGAGUCGUGUAGCACUGCGGCAUUCAAGCAUGGGCGCACGGAGACCAUCCGACCAGCCACCGUGCACACCAAACGCUGCUCACACGCCUUUGUUAACGAGCCUGGCAAACACAGUGUGGAGGAGCUGCGUGCCAUGCUCAACGAAUGCUCCAAAUAUCACAGCCAGCUCACAAGAGAGGCAGCUAUGGGUCAGGGGUUUGACCGUCACCUGUUUGCCCUGCGUUACCUCUCGACCUUAAAGGGCCAGGCUUUGCACGACCUCUACACAGAUCCUGCUUACGCCGCCAUCAACCACAACGUCCUCUCCACCAGUACCCUCACCAGUCCUGCAGUAAGCCUUGGAGGCUUCGCUCCGGUGGUACCCGAUGGGUUCGGUGUUGGUUAUGGCGUUCACGACGACUGGAUGGGCUGCAAUGUCUCCAGUUAUCCAGCUCGUAACGUCCAUGAAUUCCUACAGUGUGUCCAUAAGUCUUUGGAGGACAUAUUCAGCGUACUUGAAGGAAAGCCUAUUAACUAAAAGAUGAUGUACAUGAUCACCGUAGAAAAAAUUAGCAAUUAGCUUCCAGUAAUUAAUAUUACACUAAAAUUCAUAUUAAAUUUGUACAGAAAAUAGGGUUUUAAUAAUUGUACAUUUUAAUUAUUGCAAAUAAUUAUUUGAAGCCAUGAACUUUGUUGGACUGCACAAAAGUAACUGAAAGCCAGUCCUAAUGUUCUGGCAGCUGUAAGAAUGUAGAAAGGAUGCCUCAUUAAAUGUGAAAGCUGAAAAAUUAUUAUAGGUUGUCUCAUUAUUAUGUAUUCACUGGUUCAAGCUUUAUUUUGGCUGAUUGUAUUUUGGAAUAAAACUUGAUAUAAAUUA